AUGGUUGCUUCAAGAGUCGAUCCUGCUGAUGCCUUCCAGGUUGCUGCAAUUACAUUUGACUGGGGAGACAGUCUCGACGCAAAAGACUGGGAUCGUUUAGCCAGCAUCAUCGCCCCGGAACUGGUUGUCGACUACACCGUCAUAACGGGUGAAAAGUGGGAUGCCAUGUCAGCCAAAGACUUUGUCGCCAUGGUCUCAGACCCAGGAUUUGUCGGCGACCCUCUUGUUGUCAGCCAGCAUUUCAUCGGUGCUUCCAAAUACGAAGCUCUCUCCGAUGGCCGCAUAAUUGGUACUCAUCAGCUUCGAGCUGCACACCAGCGAUACACAGGACCCGAUAAAAAGACUGUUGAGGCCAAGGGCCACGGCCAUGCCGUUAUGCAACAUACUUAUGUAAAGGUUGAUGGGGAAUGGAAGUUGGCGGGCUUGAAGCCGACCAUGUACUGGAAUGAGUAUGACUUUUCCAAGAUUUUCAAAGGAAGCCAGUAA